AUGAGCCAAACAAGUCGUGGAUCCUCUGGGGAGCCUCAACAACAUGAUGCUGACGAGGCAGAAAGGUCUCUCUCCAGAUCAGAACACCUUAAGAAAAACCAUCUGAGACCCACUGGGAAGAAAUCUCACUGCUGCUCUGACUGUGGGAAACGUUGCAAGUUUUCAUCAGAACUUAAAAUACACCAGCGAGUACACACAGGAGAGAAACCUUAUAGCUGUGAUCAAUGUGGGAAGAGUUUUACUCGGUCAAGCUACCUGAUAGUACAUCUGAGAAGACACACAGGAGAGAAACCUUACGACUGCUCUGACUGCAGAAAGACUUUUGUUAAUUUAAUAGAUUUAAAAUCACACCAGAGAACACACACAGGAGAGAAAUCACCAUAUAGUUGUACUCAAUGUGGGAAGAGUUUUACUCGGUCAAGCUCCCUGAUAGUGCACCAGAGAACACACACAGGAGAGAAACUUUAUAGCUGUGAUCAAUGUGGGAAGAGUUUUACUCAGUCAAGCUCCCUGAUAGUGCACCAGAGAACACACACAGGAGAAAAACCUUAUAGCUGUACUCAAUGUGGGAAGAGUUUUGUUGCAUCUUGCGAUCUGACGAUACACCAGAGAACACACACAGGAGAGAAAUCUUAUAGCUGUGAUCAAUGUGGGAAGAGGUUUCCUCUGCCAAGCUCCCUGAUAGUUCACCGGAGAACACACACAGGAGAAAAACCUUAUAGCUGUACUCAAUGUGGGAAGAGUUUUGUUGCAUCUUGCCAUCUGAUGAUACACCAGAGAACACACACAGGAGAAAAACGUUAUUGCUGUGAUCAAUGUGGGAAGUGUUUUACUCGGUCAAGCACCCUGAUAGUGCACCAGAGAACACACACAGGAGAGAAACUUUAUAGCUGUGAUCAAUGUGAGAAGAGUUUUCCUCAGUCAAGCUCCCUGAUAGCGCACCAGAGAACACACACAGGAGAGAAACCUUAUAGCUGUGAUCAAUGUGAGAAGAGUUUUACUCAGUCAAGCUCCCUGAUAGUGCACCAGAGAACACACACAGGAGAGAAACCUUAUAGCUGUACUCAAUGUGGGAAGAGUUUUGUUGCAUCUUGCCUUCUGACGAGACACCAGAGAACACACACAGGAGAGAAACCUUACAGCUGUACUCAAUGUGGGAAGAGUUUUGUUAGAUCUAGCCAUCUGACGAGACACCAGAGAACACACACAGGAGAGAAACUAUAUAGCAGGAGAUAAAUAAUAAAGCUGUGAUCAUGUGACAAGAGAUACUUUGAUAAAAGAUCU